AUGGCACUUGUUAUGAACAGAGAUUCACCAGGAAGUAGUAGCAAGCAAAUGGAUUCAAGCAAGUAUGUGAGGUACACGCCAGAGCAGGUUGAGGCCUUGGAGAGAGUCUACUCCGAAUGCCCAAAGCCUAGCUCUUUGAGAAGGCAGCAGCUGAUUAGAGAGUGCCCUAUUCUCUCUAACAUUGAGCCUAAGCAGAUCAAAGUCUGGUUCCAAAACCGCAGAUGCCGGGAGAAGCAGAGGAAGGAAUCUUCUCGACUCCAGACAGUGAAUAGAAAGCUGACUGCAAUGAAUAAGCUGUUAAUGGAAGAAAAUGACCGCCUACAGAAGCAGGUCUCUCAUUUGGUGUAUGAGAAUGGAUUUAUGCGACAGCAGCUGCAUAGUGCAUCUGGAACGACCACAGACAAUAGCUGCGAGUCUGUGGUCAUGAGUGGUCAGCACCAACAACAGCAAAACCCAACACCUCAGCAUCCGCAAAGGGAUGCUAACAACCCAGCUGGACUUCUUGCAAUAGCGGAGGAGACCUUGGCAGAGUUCCUUUCUAAGGCUACCGGAACUGCUGUCGACUGGGUCCAGAUGAUUGGGAUGAAGCCUGGUCCGGAUUCUAUUGGAAUCGUCGCUGUUUCCCGCAACUGCAGUGGGGUAGCAGCACGAGCUUGCGGUCUUGUGAGCCUAGAGCCCACAAAGGUCGCUGAAAUCCUCAAAGAUCGUACAUCAUGGUUUCGGGAUUGCCGUUGCCUUGAUGUAUUAAGUCUAAUCCCUGCUGGAAAUGGUGGGACAAUUGAGCUCACUUACAUGCAGACUUAUGCACCCACAACAUUGGCUGCGGCACGUGACUUUUGGACACUGAGAUAUACUACAAGUUUGGAAGAUGGCAGUCUUGUGGUAUGUGAGAGGUCGUUAACUUCUUCUACUGGUGGCCCAACGGGGCCUCCAUCUGCAAGUUUUGUAAGAGCUGAGAUGCUUCCUAGUGGCUAUCUUAUCCGACCUUGUGAGGGUGGUGGUUCCAUUAUCAACAUUGUUGAUCAUGUUGAUCUAGAUGCCUGGAGCGUUCCUGAAGUUCUCAGGUCCCUUUAUGAAUCAUCCAAAAUCCUUGCUCAGAAAAUGACUAUUUCUGCCCUGCGACAUAUACGGCAGAUAGCUCAAGAGACUAGUGGAGAAAUUCAGUACGGUGGAGGUCGCCAGCCUGCUGUUCUGAGGACAUUUUGUCAGAGACUCUGCAGAGGGUUUAACGAUGCUGUCAAUGGGUUUGCGGAUGACGGUUGGUCACUUAUGGGUAGUGACGGUGUGGAGGAUGUGACAAUUACCAUUAACUCAUCUCCAAACAAGUUUCUUGGUUCCCAGUAUAACGCAUCAAUUUUCCCCACUUUUGGAGGAGGGGUGCUGUGUGCUAAGGCAUCAAUGCUGUUGCAGAGUGUUCCCCCGGCUUUGCUUGUUCGUUUUCUGAGGGAGCAUCGCUCAGAGUGGGCUGAUUAUGGGGUUGAUGCAUACUCUGCUGCAUGUCUUAAAGCUAGCCCAUAUGCAGUUCCUUGUGCAAGGCCAGGUGGCUUCCCGAGCAGCCAGGUUAUCUUACCUCUUGCACAAACUGUGGAGAAUGAGGAGUUUCUAGAGGUAGUUCGCCUAGAGGGUCAUGCUUUCUCUCCUGAGGAUGUUGCUUUGGCGCGGGAUAUGUACUUAUUACAGUUGUGCAGUGGAGUUGAUGAAAAUGCAGUGGGUUCCUGUGCUCAGCUUGUCUUUGCACCUAUUGAUGAAUCGUUUGCUGAUGAUGCUCCUCUGUUACCAUCUGGUUUUCAUGUCAUACCAUUGGAUCCCAAAACAGAUGGACCUACUGCAAAUCGCACAUUGGAUUUGGCCUCUACGCUUGAAGUAGGACCGAGUGGUUCUCGUCCUGUUAAUGAGGCUGAUGGCAAUAGUUACAACCUUAGGUCUGUGCUAACCAUUGCCUUCCAAUUCACCUUUGAGAACCACUUGCGAGACAAUGUGGCUGCUAUGGCUCGACAGUAUGUGCGUAGUGUUGUAAGCUCUGUUCAAAGGGUAGCUAUGGCUAUUGCUCCUUCCCGGCUCAGCUCCCAAAUGGUACCAAAACCCCUUCCUGGAUCUCCUGAGGCUCAUACUUUGGCACGAUGGAUUUGCAGAAGCUACAGGAUCCACACUGGAGCAGAGCUCUUUCGAGUCGACUCCCCAUCUGGGGAUGCUGUUUUGAAGCAACUUUGGCACCAUUCAGAUGCAAUCAUGUGCUGCUCUGUGAAAACGAAUGCAUCUCCAGUGUUCACCUUUGCAAACCAGGCUGGACUUGACAUGCUUGAAACUACUCUUGUGGCCCUCCAGGAUAUCAUGCUUGACAAGAUUCUAGAUGAAGCUGGACGGAAAAUUCUCUGCUCGGAGUUCUCCAAAAUCAUGCAGCAGGGGUUCGCAUAUCUGCCAGCAGGAUUAUGUGCCUCCAGCAUGGGUAGGCCAGUGUCCUAUGAUCAAGCUGUUGCAUGGAAAGUUGUUAAUGACGAUGAUUCGAAUCACUGCCUGGCAUUCAUGUUCAUGAGCUGGUCCUUUGUGUGA